AUGGCUCCGACAACGACACGCCUCCAGACCAGGCAAGCCGGUCGAGAAGCAGCGAGAGCGGCGGCGCCGACCGACUCUGACUGUGGCGAUCACAUCACUGUGGAUCUUUUUCAUGGCUGGUCCACAGAUCCUUCAGAACCCUCUGCUGGUAGUUGUCCCGGAUCUCAUCAGGAACAUACUCAGGUCAAGCGAUCCCUUUCUCAAGACGGUCUUGAGAUGAAGCAGCCAGAUAGAGACGCACCUCCACUCUUUCAGAAGAUCACACUGGCAAAAGGCGGUGCAUCUUCUUUGAGCUUGUCGCAUUCCAGCUUUAACGAUGAAGAGGAUACUGAAGAGGCCGAACGGAUCAAGCGUCUACCGCCCUCCAAGCGUCCUGGUGUUUCGCAUGCCAAAAAAAACCCUCCAAAUCACAUCAAGCGUCCCCGCAAUGCUUACAUUAUCUUCCGAUCUCAUACUGUCUCACAAAAGCUUAUUCCCAAGGAGGUCGAGAACGAUCAUCGCAACAUCAGCCGCAUCAUCGCUCACAUGUGGAAGAGUCUGAAUGCCGAAGAUCGUGCCUACUACGAGGAGAUCGCCAAGGAGGAGAAGGAACGUCACAAGAAGCUCUUCCCCAACUAUCGAUAUCAACCCGCCACGCGCCGAGCUGAAGUCAAGCAGCGCAACGUCAAGAAACUCGAGAACGGCGAGGAACAAUGCCAAGAGAUCGCAGAUAUCAUCCUCAAAGCGCAAGGUAAGGAAGGCGUCGUCGUUCGACCUGAGCCUUCCAAGGCCAUCAAGAGAGCACGCGAGGCGACGCGACCACGCCAAAAACACUCGACCGCGAUUCCAGCUCGCAAGCGAGCCAAGACGGCAAAAGGCAAAGAGAGCGACGCUCAGUCCUCGGAGCAAGCACUUCAGACCGUCUUUCUGCAUGCAUCGCCUUCGACCUCGCCAACUUCCGGCUCGAGCGGUGCUUCGGGAGCGGUACCGGCGCCCUCGCCUGAGCCUUUCCGACUCGCUUCAAGAACACCUUCGAUCGAAGGCGGCAUGCAGCAAGCAGCUCCGACGAAUUCAUGUCGCGUCGCGGAAGAUCUGUUCGGACGCAGGGCAUCAACUGUUCCACUUUUGCGACCUUGUUCGCCUCCGCCACCGUUCGUAUCAGGGCCUCAGCCACCUUUGGAUCCGGAAACCAUAGACACGGACCUGUCGAUUAGUGAAGAGGAUCGCGAGAGGGCGAUGCAGAAUGGCUUCAGCACCAAUGCAGUUCAAGGCCGAGUUGGCUUUGUCGAUGAGCACAACAUGCCCGCGCCUGCUUGGAAAGGUCGUAGAGCGCUGCCACCUCCUAUUCCAAACACGUGGCAGCACUGCUCCUACGAUGAUCAGUCGCUCCCUUCACCGCGCUCGUUCGACGUUAUGGGAGCGGCUGGCAAGCAGACUUCGGCUCGACCUCGUACGGCCUACCCUUCAACGCCUAGCUCCGGCUCGUUCCGUGGCUUCUUCCACCCUUGGGUCGACAACGGUACCGAGUCGAUGCUCAUCUCACCCAUGACUGCAUCGUUUCAAGAUAUGAGGAGGCGUAGCUCCUUAGUCCGAUCCGGUUUGGUCCCUGGUCGACGUCCCGGGUCGUUCGGCGUGGAUCAUCAUGGUAACGCUGGUGCCAGGCCCAGCGUGGUCGAUGAGUCGCAUUCUUUAAUGCCAACUGCCGACGCUCAAUUCUCAGAUGCUCAGCUCUUCGAGCAAGCCACUCGAGCUGCUGAGAUCAGUCUCGAGGCGGAAUCGUCGAGCGCUGCGUUGGAGGGGGUGGGUGCUUUUGCCUUCGAUCCUGCGCUUGAGGGUGAAGGUGAACACCCACCGCCGCCACCAUCACCUUCUUCUUUCGCCGUUCCUUCAGGCCCCCGCGAACACCAUGUCAUCUCCUCUCCCGUUGCCUCGCCUCGUUUGAUGACAAGUAGCCCGCGCGCCUCUUUCUCGGGCAGCACGCUCGCUGCAGCCGCACGCGACUGGGCUAGCAUGAAGAAGCGUCGAGGUCCACAAGAGUCCCGAAGCGUCCUCGACCCGGUGCAAGACUCGCAUGUUGCGCCCGCAGAGAGCCCGAUGGCUUCUCACGAGGCAAGAGUCGAUGCACCGUCCAAGCCAAGCCGACCGAAAUCCGCUCUCGAAGAGUCGGUGGAACGAGCUGUCAUGCUCGCUCUCAGCAAGGACUCUGCCCUUGACUCUGAUCGCGGCGAGCGCAACUCGAAGAUCGUUCAGCAGAUCUUGUCUUCUCUCAGUGCCGAUCUCUCCCUUCAGCAGUCUUCAGCUAGCUCGAUUGGAAGCGACUAUGGCAGCAUGCCAAUAAGCGGCAAAGAGCCAUCGCAGAUCAUUGAGCCACGUCACCGAUCUUCACUUCGCGGUUCUUUCGUUGCUCCUUCCUACAGGUCGAGCCCGUACUAUCCAGGCUCCACUCCUGCCGCCGAAAGCUACCGGAAUACCAAGCCGCUGCCAUCGCCAUUACAGCUUGUCAUGUCUAAUCACGAGAUCUCUUCACAGACACAUUCCCAAUCCUACCCCACAUCUCAGCAUUGCAACUAA